ACUGUUACGUUAACAACCACAUUGACUUGCAUUUGUUUAUUUAACUAAUUUAAACAAAUAUUGCCUAGCAGCAUGACUUAAAGUGGACGAAAAAUAAACGUUUCUAGGAUAUGGCAGCAGACUUAGCUCAGGACAUGGCCGCUGGGUCCUUGGAAGUGAACAUGCAAGAGCCGGUCACCAAGUUCACUUUUCUCCAUGCGCUGGUUGCUGGAGGCGUGGCUGGUGUGGUGGUGGACAUUGCCCUGUUUCCCAUUGACACGGUCAAGACGCGACUGCAGAGCGAGCUGGGCUUUUGGCGGGCAGGCGGUUUUCGUGGCAUAUACAAAGGAUUGGCCCCGGCGGCUGCCGGCAGUGCUCCGACGGCGGCCCUGUUCUUCUGUGCCUAUGAGUGCGGCAAGCACUUCCUCAGCUCGAUUACCCACACCAAAGAUUCUCCUUACGUACACAUGGCAGCGGCCUCGGCAGCCGAAGUGUUGGCCUGCCUGAUUCGCGUGCCCGUGGAAAUUGCCAAGCAGCGUUCCCAAACCCUAACGGGGCACAAACAGCAGCUGUCCGGCCUUCAAAUCCUGCUUCGUGCCUACCGCACAGAGGGCUUAAGACGCGGUCUUUAUCGGGGCUUUGGCUCAACCAUUAUGCGGGAGAUACCCUUCAGUCUGAUACAGUUCCCGCUGUGGGAGUACUUUAAGCUUCAGUGGACGCCGGUGACGGGCUACGAAUCUACGCCGAUUUCGGUAGCUCUGUGUGGAGCCGUUGCCGGUGGCAUUUCCGCAGGUUUAACCACGCCCCUGGAUGUGGUCAAGACGCGAAUUAUGCUGGCCGAAAGAGAGAGCUUGAAUCGAAGACGGAAUGCCUAUAGCAUUCUUCGUGGCAUUUAUGUGGAGCGAGGAUUUAGCGGUCUGUUUGCUGGUUUUGUGCCACGAGUGCUGUGGAUCACGCUGGGCGGUGCCUUCUUCUUUGGCUUUUAUGACCUGACGACGCGACUCCUGGGCGCCGCCAAUACUGAUCACUGAUCAUUAAAAUAGGGCUAUUUUCGUUGUACUUGUAGUAGAGGCACUUGUGCAGUUUGCAGUAAUAACCAAACCAAUGACAACCACCGAUGUGGACAAUAAAUGGGAUGAAUGGAAGUCUUA